CCGCAAGUACUUUGCAACAUCCGCUCUUUCGCUGUUUCCUUACAACGGUUACUACAAUGAAAUAGCUUUUAUCAUGAAGAAAUCAUAAAUACCUACUUAAAUAUCCAAAACAAUAUGAAUUGGUUGCCUUGAAAACGAUGAUAAUGGCGAGGAUUGGAGAAAUUAUUCAUCUUAACGUCGGGGGAAAAAGGUUCAGCACCUCCAGACAGACUCUGACAUGGGUCCCGGACUCCUUUUUCUCAAGUUUAUUAAGUGGACGGAUAUCAACACUUAAAGAUGAGACUGGAGCGAUUUUCAUAGACAGAGAUCCAUCUCUGUUUGCGCCCAUUCUCAACUUCCUGCGCACUAAAGAGCUUCACCCCCGGUCAAUAGAAGUUCACUUAUUAAUGCACGAGGCAGAGUUCUAUGGGAUCACGCCGCUGGUGAGAAAGCUGCAGUUGUGUGAUGAGUUGGAUCGCUCCUCCUGUGGGAACGUGUUGUUUAAUGGAUACUUGCCGCCUCCAGUGUACCCAGUGAAGCGCAGGAACAGGCACAGCGUGGCAGGACCCCAGUUCAUGGGUGGCCGUUCGGGGCCCGUGGAAAGAGCCCCUGUGAGGAGGAGUAACACAAUGCCACCCAACCUGGGCAACGCUGGCAUACUGGGCAAAGCCGUCAUUGAGGAGCGGGUGCCAGGUCCGGUCUCUGAUCCAGGCAUGGUCAGAAUCAUAUGUGGUCAUCAUAACUGGAUUGCUGUGGGCUAUGCCCAGUUUGUGGUCUGUUACAGGGUGAAAGAGUCCACUGGAUGGCAGCAGGUCUUCACCAGCCCUCGGCUCGACUGGGUGAUUGACAGGGUGGCUCUGAAUGCCAAGGUCAUGGGCGGCUCACUGGGAGACAACGAUAAGAUGGUUGCGGUGGCAUCGGGCACUGAAAUCAUCCUGUGGGCGAUCUGCCCUGAUGGCAAUGGCAAUGAAAUUGGUGUGUUCAGUUUGAAUGUGCCGGUCGAGGCUUUGUUCUUCGUGGGAAACCAGCUCAUUGCCACCAGUCACACGGGUAAAGUGGGGGUUUGGAACGCCGUCACCAAACACUGGCAGAACCAGGAUGUUGUUCCCAUCAACAGUUGUGACACAGCCGGAUCUUUCCUCAUUUUGGGAUGUAAUAAUGGAUCUAUUUACUAUAUAGAUGUCCAGAAGUUUCCGUUGCGGAUGAAGGAUAAUGAUUUGUUGGUGACUGAGCUGUAUCGAGAUCCCACUGAAGAUGCUAUCACUGCUCUGAGUGUCUACCUGACGCCCAAAACAAGUGACAGUGGGAACUGGAUCGAGAUCGCGUACGGCACCAGUUCAGGCUCAGUGCGUGUCAUAGUUCAGCAUCCAGAGACGGUGGGAUCCGGUCCACAACUCUUCCAGACCUUCUCUGUUCACCGCAGUCCUGUGACCAAGAUCAUGCUGUCUGAGAAACACCUCAUCUCUGUGUGUGCAGACAACAAUCACGUCCGUACCUGGACGGUGACGCGCUUCCGAGGCAUGAUCUCCACCCAGCCCGGCUCCACUCCUCUCACCUCCUUUAAGAUCCUCUCAUUGGACGACAUCGACGGUCAUGGAGGCUGUGCUGCCGGCACCGAAAUCGGGCCAUACGGGGAGCGUGACGAGCAGCAGGUGUUUAUCCAGCGCGUGGUUCCUGACACGGAUAAACUCUACGUAAGGCUCUCCUCCAAUGGGAAGAGGGUGUGUGAGGUGCGCUCAGUUGACGGGACGUCCAUCACGGCGUUUGUGGUUCAUGAGUGUGAGGGAUCGAGUCGCAUCGGCUCCAGGCCGCGCCGGUAUCUCUUCAGCGGACACAGCAACGGCAGCAUCCAGAUGUGGGACCUCACCACGGCAAUGGAGAUCGCAGGGAAAGUGGACAUCAAAGCUCUGGGCGGUCCCACUGAAGAGGAGCUUCUGGAGCUUCUGGAUCAGUGUGAUCUGGCUCUGACCCGAACACCUGACAUGAGUCCUGCGGCCUCUCUCACACACUCCUCUCGCAACUCUAUGUGCAGUCUCCAGUCUCAGUUAAGUGAAAGCACUCGAGCUGGCGGUGGUUUCCGGGCCCCGAUUCCUCUUUCUGGGAGUCUUCCUCGUCAGGUCCCUCUGGUUCCCUUCAGUAAAGCCCGCGAGCUGCCGGCCCACCUCGGCCUCAGCCAGUCCUCUCUGGCCAGCAGCGCCAGCAACAGCCCUCAUCCGGGCCGGGACCGGGACGGCCUCGGCGCCAUCCGGAGAGGCAGCUUCGUGGAGCGCUGUCAGGAACGAGCCAAGUGCUCGGAGGUGGGCGGCCUGGACCCGGGGAGGCGGAGCUUAGCGGUGUGUAGCGAGCUCGAGGCUCGACUUGGACUCAGAAUGCCAUCAUCGUUCUCAGCCCUGCCAGCGCCAUGUUUAUCAACACCACCAUCAUCAAUGACAUCAGCAUCAGCACCAUCCAUGAGAAGACCAGCUCCUGCGGCACCAAACGCUACUCCUUCACCCCUCAGUCCAGUCAGAUCGCAAACGCCCACGUCUCCCAGACGACCUCUGACCUCUCCGACCAGCGAGAGCCCGUCCAAUGAGAACGCACCUGGGCCGGAAAGCCCCGCCUCUCCUCCUUCCACCAGCCCUAAACCUCAUAUGAAUGAAACCAGCUUCUGAGAGGGAAUUCAGCACGAAAUGUAUCAUAUUUUACAAAAUGUCAGUAUCACAGGGUGCCUUAUAAUA